GGCAAUCUUCCUGCAGAGCUACCAGAGCCAUGGAAGAUGCACCCAGCAGUGGAUGAUGUCCCAGACGUGGAUGAUGCCCCAGCAGUUGAUGAUGCCCCAGCAGUUGAUGAUGUCCCAUCGGUGUAUGGUGUCCCAGCAGUUGAUGAUGUCCCAUCGGUGUAUGGUGUCCCAGCAGUUGAUGAUGUCCCAUCGGUGGAUGAUGCCCCAGCAGUUGAUGAUAUCCCAGCAGUUGAUGAUGUCCCAGCAGUUGAUGAUGUCCCAUCGGUGGAUGAYGCCCCAGCAGUUGAUGAUGUCCCAUCAGUGGAUGAUGCCCCAGCAGUUGAUGAUGUMCCAGCAGUUGAUGAUGUCCCAGCAGUUGAUGAUGACCCAUCGGUGGAUGAUGCCUCAGCAGUUGAUGAUGUCCCAGCAGUUGAUGAUGUCCAUCGGUGGAUGAUGCCCCAGCAGUUGAUGAUGUCCCAUCGGUGGAUGAUGCCCCAGCAGUGGAUGAUGUCCCAUCGGUGGAUGUUGACCCCUCGGUGGAUGAUGUUCCAUCGGUGGAUGAUGACCCUGAUGCCCCAGCCAUGGACGAUGACUCAGCUGUGA